AUUUUUAGAAGCUGAACCAAGCCAGGCUAACCAAAGGUACUCUUCCACUUCCUCCUGCGGCCGGAAGCAAAACUUUCUCGCUCCGCUUUCACCGUCGGAAACCAGAAAGCUGCUAGGAAAGACAUUCAGCCGCUAGACGCCAUUUGUGGAAGAUAUAUACUCUUUUAUCUCCCUCGACUGAGGUUUCACCGGCCGAACAUCGGAGGAAGCGUAUGGCAGCAACGGCUCCAUCGCCGUUGUCGAACCUGCCGCGAAAUGUUGCUAAACUUCAUUCUGCACAUCGCCUGAAAUUUACAAGUGCAAUUACGCACUUCUCCUUCUCCUCCACCGGAACUUUCAGUAGGCAUUACAGGAUUACGGUUCUCCCUUUCCAAUUCCCCAGCUGUCGAGUUACUGAGCCGUAUUUGAUCAACAGUUUCGAGGUAUGGCAGAUUAGAAGCAGCACCAAUGGCAGUGGAUUCGAUUCCCCUUCUUCGGAUGACAGUAGUGGCGGUGGAACACGGUUAAUUAGGGCAAUUCGUGCUCUGCAGACCCGGAUUGGGAUGAGAAUCCAGGAGCUAAGGAAGAAUUUACCAAUGAAAUUGCUGUUUUUCUUGGUUGGUUUCUACUGUGCUACUGCCUUUGCUACUGUGAUUGGCCAGACCGGUGACUGGGACAUUCUAUCGGCUGGUCUGGCUGUGGUGAUUGUGGAAGCCAUUGGAGCACUCAUGUACAAGGGUUCUUUGCGCCUACUCAGCAACAUCAAGAGCUUGAUCACUAUGUUCAACUAUUGGAAGUUUGGUCUUUCUCUUGGACUCUUCUUGGAUUCGUUUAAAUACGAAGUUGGCGAUCUGAUAAGCUUCGAUAUCGAUAGCCUUUUUCCAGUUCCAUUCGAUAUCUUCCUCUUCUUUUUGUGAUACUGUUCAAAGGGUUAGCACAAGCUUUUGGUUUUGUCCGGCAUCAUUAGAAUUUGAUAAUGUUGUUGGCUGAUCCCAAAGGAGGAAGGAUAUAACUUCCUCACUGAACAGAUCUUCUGGGAAUCUCAUCUUCUAUCGAGCCAAGACUCUUGGAGAUGGUCUUCUGAAAAUUGGAUCGAAUUUGGCCCGAGACAUCUCAAGCACUUGGUCAAGACAACUGCAGUUAGAUUGUUCCAUCAGGCAGCUAUCCCUUCUGAAUCAGGAAAAAGCCUCACUAAGAUGAGCCAUGAAUGAUUCUGCAUUUGAUGCUGGUGCAGCUUUUCAGAAACUGUUGGACCUUCAUUGAUAGAGCUCAGAGUUGGAAGACAUGUAAAUAUAUCCCGUGGACAGGAAGAGAAUAGGUUGUGACCAGAAGGAGAAGCAGCUGGGAGACGACUCUAUCUUCUUGAUUAUGUUUCCUGUGGCAUUUUUUUAUGUAUCAAAAUCAAACCAUUAUACAUGCACAAAUACAAUAGGGGGUUUAACUCUGAAGACUAAGGCUCGUUUGCUUGUUAGAUUUGAAAAUGAAG